AUGCGUCCUACUUUUGCCUAUGCGAGGCCUGGCCAGCCAGUGGCGGCGCCCAAAGGCUCCGCUGGCAGGCCAGCCGGGGACGCCUACGCCGAGCGGCUAAAGCCUCGGCUCCCCACGCCGCGGCCGCGGCCCGUGGCCCCAGAUGCGGCACCGCGGCCGACCCCGCCGCAGUCCCCGCCCGAAGGCGGCGUCAAGCGCAAGCUUGACCAGGUCUCCGGCAGCGUUUCACUGGGGCCCAGUCCAAAGGUGCCCAGCACCGGCAAGGGCGUGGUGAAAGUGGCGCCCAGAGCGGACUUUUCCAAGGGCCCGGUCGCCCCGAAGCUGCCGUCCAAAGGCGGAAAGGGCGGUGUGGCCCUUGCACCGAAGGCGAAGUCGGCUCCGACGCCGGAGGUUGCGGCAGCUCCGAAUGAGCCCUCGCAGCCUCAGGGUCUGCCCAGACCACUGCCAAAGUUCCAACCGGCUUCCAAAAGCAAGGUUGAGCCAAAGACAAAGCAGCCGGUCAAGGGCGAUGCCAAGGGCGAUGGGAAGGGCGAUGGGAAGGGCGAUGACAAGGGCGAUGCCAAGGGCGAUGCCAAGGGCAACGCGAAGGGCAAUGCCAAGGGCAAUGCUAAGGGGGUCGCCAAGGGAGAGAAGAGCGACAAGGGCGACGCCAAAGGUGAUGCAAAGGGCACCGCCAAGGGUGAUGCCAAGGGCGACAAGGGCAAGAGCGAUGCCAAGGGAAAGGGCGACAACAGCGAUGGCAAGGGCGAAACUAGCGACGGCAAAAGCGACGGCAAAGGCGCGGGUGCGAAAGGCAUGAAAGGAGGCUCGCAGACUGGGUCGCAGGAGAAGCCAGCCAGCAAGGUUAUGCCCACCAAAGGCGGUGGCAAGACCGCGGAGAAGGCGGCGGAGCCGAGCCCAGGCAAAGGCUUUGGGAAGAAGGGGAAGGCAGUGCCCAAGGAGCCGUCCACUCCUCCGCCCCGUGCGUUCGUUCCCGAAGCCAAGGCCAAACCGGCGGCGCCGCCCACCCCCUCCCGGGGCAAGGGCGCUUCGGAGCCAGCGCGGCUCAGAAGCCUAGAGGUGAUGCUGAAUCGGUUGCUCCAUGACUGGAGCACCCUGCCUGAGGACCUGAAGCCCCAGGCCAUGCAGCUCCUGCUGGACAGGAGAUUUUGGAGGAAGCGCCGCAAGAGCAGAAGCAGUACGCCCUAG